AUGGCUACCACAGAAAAGGCCCCCGUCGUCGGGUCCGGCAAGAUCGUCACCUAUGGCGGCCUGCACGGCGACAAGCUCAUGUACGCCAUCGUCGCCAUUGCCACCACCGGUUUCAGUCUGUUCGGUUACGACCAAGGUCUCAUGUCAGGUAUCAUUGCCUCUGAGCAGUUCAACUCGGAAUUCCCCGCUACCUACCAAGCCAGCCCCGACGAUGUCCACGCCGGUACCGUCCAGGGUUCCGUCACUGCCUGUUACGAAGUCGGCUGUUUCUUUGGUGCUCUCGUCGCCUUCUUCAUGGGUGAAAAGCUGGGUCGAAGAAAGAUGAUGUUUGGCGGUGCCAUCGUCAUGAUUAUCGGUACCAUCAUCUCUAUCACUGCUUUCGGUCCCGGCGCUCCUAACGGAAACGUCGGUGGGUUCGUCCAAUUUAUCGUCGGUCGUGUCGUCACUGGUCUCGGAAACGGUGCCAACACGGCUACCAUUCCUUCCUGGGUCGCCGAGACCUCCAAGGCCCACAACCGUGGGUUCCUUAUCUGUAUUGAGGCCUCUACCGUCGCUGUCGGUACCGUCAUCGCCUAUUGGAUCGACUUUGGUCUCUCUUUCGUCGACAGCUCGGUCGCUUGGCGAUUCCCUACCGCUCUCCAGAUCCUUUUCGCCGUCAUCCUCAUCUCUGGUGUCUGGUUUCUUCCGGAAUCUCCCCGUUGGUUGCUCGCUCACGGUCACGAUCACGAGUGUCUCCGGGUCAUGGCUGCUCUCGACUCCAAGGCCGAGGACGACCCCGUUGCUAUUGCCGACAAGAACAAGGUCUCCGACGCCCUCGCUGCCCAGAUUGCUGCCAAGGCCUCCAGCUCCAAGGACAUUCUCAAGGGUGGUAAAAACCAGCAUUUCCGCCGUGCCAUGGUUGGUGCCUCUACCCAGCUCUUCCAGCAGAUCGGUGGUUGUAACGCUGUCAUCUACUACUCCACUGUCCUCUUCCAGAACCAGAUUGGUCUCGAAAACACCCUUUCUUUGAUCUUGGGUGGUGUCUUGGCCAUUGUCUACGCCAUGUUCGCCCUCACCUCCUUCUUCCUCGUUGAGCGUGUUGGCCGAGUCAAGCUUUUCCUCAUCGGUACCGUCGGCCAGGCUGUCGCCAUGUUUAUCACUUUUGGUUGUCUCCUCCCCGGCGACUCUCAGUCCGCCAAGGGUGCCGCUUUUGGUCUCUACUUCUUCAUCGCCUUCUUCGGCGCCACCUGGCUUCCCCUCCCCUGGCUCUACCCCGCUGAGCUCAACUCGAUGUCGGUCAGGACCCAGGCCAACGCCAUCUCCACCAUGGUUAACUGGCUGUUCAACUUUACUGUCGUCCAGGUCUUGCCUACCAUGACUGCUUCCAUCGGCGCCUACACCUUCUUGUUCUUUGCCUGUAUCAACGUUGCCUUCCUUCCCUUCAUCUGGUUCUUCUACCCCGAGACCACCAACAGGUCUUUGGAGGAAAUCGAUGUCAUCUUUGCCCAUGCCCACAUCCACAAGCGACGACCUACCCUCGUUGCCGAGGAGCUCCCAAAGCUCACCGACUUCCAAGUCCAAGAGAUGACCGACCGUUACGACAUUCACGGUGGCGCUGCCGACACUGAGAACCCCUCCGCUUACGGUGCUGCCGCCAGCGGCGCCGACCACACCACUGCUCUCCCCCCUGCCGAGCCCAAGGACCACCCCGACUACAAUCCCGAUGGCACCAGGCGAGGUUCCGCCGGCAGCGGUGAGCAGACUAGGGUUACAACCCCCAGCCACAACGCUGAGAAGCCCACGACCACCCCUCCCCAGGCUUAA